UCUCUUGGGUGGGAACCGUGCCGCUUCCCAGCCUCAGUUCCUGGAGUGAAGCGCGAACCUUUCAACAAGAGCUUUAUUGAUUCUCUUGCUGGGAUCCGGGAACGCGAUGGAGGCGGCCAAUUGCUCCCUGCGGGUGAAGAGACCCCUACUGGAUCCCCGCUUCGAGGGCUACAAGCUGUCUCUCGAGCCGCUGCCCUGCUACCAGCUGGAGCUUGAUGCAGCUGUGGCAGAAGUAAAACUUCGGGAUGACCAGUAUACAUUGGAGCAUAUGCAUGCUUUUGGAAUGUAUAAUUACUUGCACUAUGAUGUCUGGUAUCAAGACAGUGUCUACUACAUUGAUAACCUUGGAAGAAUUAUGAAUUUAACAGUGAUGCUGGACACUGCCUUAGGAAAACCUCGAGAAGUGUUCCGACUUCCUACAGAUGUGACAGCAUAUGACAAUCGUCUUUGUGCAUCUAUUCAUUUCACAUCCCCUACCUGGGUUACCUUGUCAGAUGGAACAGGAAGACUGUAUGUCAUUGGAACAGGUGACCGUGGAAAUAGUCCUGAAAAAUGGGAGAUUAUUUUUAAUGAAGAGCUUGGGAAUCCUUUUAUUAUAAUUCACAGCAUCUCAUUGCUGAAAGCUGAAGAACAUUCAGUAGCUAUCCUGCUUCUUCGAAUAGAGAAGGAGGGAUUGGACUUGAAAGGAAGUGGCUUCUAUGUUUCUUUGGAGUGGGUCACUGUCAGUAAGAAGAAAGAAGAUAGUAACAAGUAUGAAAUUACAAAGCGUCAUGUUUUCCAUGGAAAGUCAGUUCCGCAUUAUGCAGCGAUUGAGCCUGAUGGAAACGGCCUAAUGAUUGUAUCCUACAAGUCCUUCCAGGGUGUUGCAGUAGGUCACGAUCUUGACGACAGUAUGGAUGAAGACAGGUCCGAGAAAAUGAAAGUAGAACCUCUGUAUUACUGGCAACAAACUGAGGAUGAUUUGACAGUGACAGUAAGACUUCCAGAAAACAGUACUAAGGAAGAUAUUCAAGUACAGUUUUUGCCUGAUAACAUCAACAUUGUGCUGAAGGAUGUCCAGGUUUUAGAAGGAAAACUCCAUUCAUCUAUUGAUCAUGAAAGCAGUACAUGGACAAUUAAAGAGAAUGAUAGCUUGGAGAUUUCCUUGAUUAAGAAGAAUGAAGGACUAACAUGGCCAGAGCUGGUAGUUGGUAAUAAACAAGGAGAACUUAUAAGAGACCCUGCCCAGUGCGCUGCAAUAGCGGAACGCUUGAUGCACCUGACCUCUGAUGAGCUGAAUCCAAAUCCAGAUAAAGAAAAACCUCCUUGUAAUGCUCAGGAAUUAGAAGAAUGUGACAUUUUCUUUGAAGAAAGCUCCAGUUUAUGCAGAUUUGAUGGCAAUACUUUAAAGACAACUCAUGUGGUGAAUCUUGGCAGCAACCAGUACCUGUUCUCAGUCACUGUGGAUCCUAAAGAAAUGCCCUGCUUCUGUCUACGCCAUGAUGUCGAUGCUCUCCUCUGGCAGCCACACUGCAGCCAGCAGGACGACAUGUGGGAGCACAUUGCGACCUUCAAUGCACUAGGUUACGUCCAAGCAUCAAAAAGAGACAAGAAAUUUUUUGCCUGUGCUCCAAAUUAUUCUUAUGCAGCCCUUUGUGAGUGCCUUCGCCGGGUGUUCAUCUAUCGGCAGCCGGCUCCCAUGUCCACCGUGCUUUACAACAGAAAGGAGGGCAGGCAUGUGGGGCAGGUUGCUAAGCAGCAAGUAGCAAGCCUAGAAACCAAUGAUCCUAUUUUAGGCUUUCAGGCGACAAACGAGAGAUUGUUUGUUCUCACCACCAAAAACCUGUUUUUAAUAAAAGUAAAUACAGAGAACUAAUCCUCCAACAUUUCUCUGAAAAGUAUCCAGUGGUACCUGGAAGGCUGGACAAUUGUGCUGCAACUUGAUAAGUUUCAUGUGUUAAAUAAAAAUAUCUUUUAUGAAGUUUUAUUUUUAAAGGAUAUUGGAAAUGUAUUCAAGAGAUUAUGAAUCUGUAAAAGCUACAGGACAGGUGAAGCUAUGGAUUUAGAGAAUAUUAGCUUCUGUUAAAAAUACAAACAUAUUGACAAAUAUAGUUAUUUUUUAAAACCUGAGGAUUGAGUCUCAUCUUUUAUAGGAAAUGUGUAAUUCAGUGUUUAAAAAUAAAAUAUUUAUCAUGCACUUAGCUCAUUGUUUAAAGUGGUGCGGUCAUUAUGUAGGAUGUUUGGGCAGCAGUAAAAUAUUGAGUCUACAUAAAGAAUUGUUAUGGGUCUGCGAAGAGUUGCAAGCACACAGCACUUUUAAGUGUUUGCUUUUAAACUUUGUUUUCAUGAUAUGUAUAGAUUUAUUUAUGUAUUUGCACUCCCACAGAAAGUUACUCAUUUUCCAUUAUUAUAUGACAAAGCUCCAAAAAAUUCAGGUGGCACGUGGCAGGCUAAGGCUAGAGAAUUACUAGUUCAAGGUCAGCCUGUGCCAUAUAGCAAGACCUACUCUCAAAACAAAAGCAAGUUAAGGUUUAUGAUUUUUCAUAAACCUUAUGAGUUCUAUGAGUUGUCUUUUGUUGUCUACCAGUCCAAACUGUGCUUUCUGCCAUGAUAGAGAACACAUUCUAGAUCAAAGCAUGUUGCAAGAGUUUGCCAAGCUUGGCUUUUCAUGUUGGCUAACCAUAUGGACAAAGAGAGUUAUAUGACCAAGUCUAAAGAGACAGGAGAGCUGUGAUACAUUGGGGCAAUUGAGAGGACAGUCACACAGGAUAAGUUUUAAUAGAUUUGUCUCACUAAGUACCCCUCACUUUCUGACAAUUCAUUCUAUUUGCAUAUCAACUUUUUUCUCCAUAAAUAUUUGUGGCUCAGACUUACUCUCCAAGCUUCUUUCAAUUUGUAUUUAAUGUGGCUUUCUAUUUAUUUUCAAAUUAUUUUAGAGUUCAUAUUUUAAUAAUAAAGUUCUUAAGAACUUAACUGAAGAGGAGGGAAGUAAAGAUAAAAGAUUAUAUGAUGGAAAAUAUGUAUAUUAACGUAUGUUUUGCUUAUCUGGAACAAAUACUUGAUUGAAUUAAAUUUAAACAAGUAUUUGGUCUGGGGAGAUGAUGCUCUCUGUAAAGUGCUUGCCACAUAAAUAUAAGGUUUAGAUCUCCCCAUCACCCACAUUAAAAAAUAAAAAAAGACAAAGAAAAGCAAGUAGGUAUAACUGUAUGCAUCUGUAAUCCUUGUUCUUGAAAUGCAGAUACAGGAGCAUCUUUGCCGCACCCUCUAGCUGAGUCUGACCUCUAGGUUCUCUUGAGACCCAAUCUCAUUAAAGAAGGUACAGAAUGAGCAAAACACUUGAUGUCAAUAUUUGUCCUCCACAUGCAUGCAUACACCUGUGCACAUAGCCUCAUAAACUUGCAUAAAAUUAUAUGUACACACACAAAAAUUAGCCAGUAUUUGAAUGGUUAAUUUCAGUUAGGUCUGACUGGCUUUAAGCUUAACUUUUUUAGCUGGGUGCAGUGGCACAUGCCUGUAAUUCCAGCACUCAGGGAGGCAGAGGUAGGUAAAUCUCUGUAAAUUUCACACUAGCCUGGUUUACAAAGCAAGUCAGGACAGAACAGCCAAGGUUACACAGAAAAACCCUGUCAAAAAAAAAAAAACAAAAACUGAACACCAAAAUCUUUGUUGUUGCUGUUUUGGCUGGCUGGGUUCAUUUUGAGACAGUUCUCACUAUGUAGCCUAGGCUGGCCUGGAACUCCUGGUCAUCUUUUUCUUACCUCAGCCUUCUAAACAGCACAAACCAGGACAUUGGCUUUCCAUUUAAUUUUGACUGAAUUUUAAUUUUAGUAUGUUUAAGUUCUUGCAUUUUUCCCCAGCAAAGAGAGUGAGAAUAAGAAAGGAAGAAGGAAAGGAAGGAAGGCAGUCUUCAGAAACAAAAGAGUAAGAAAGAUUGGCUAUGAGUCUCAGCAUCUACUUUAAUAUCCUGCUGGGUAGAGUCUUUCAGAGGCCCUCUGUGGUAAGCUCCUGUCCUGUUCCCUGUUUUCUCCCUCUUCAGAUGUCUAUGCCAUUUGCCUUUCUGAAUGAGGGUUGAGCAUCUUACCCAGGGUCCUCCUUCUUGAUUAGCUUCUUUAAGUGUACAGAUUUUAAUAUGAUUAUCCUAUAUUAUAUGUCUAAUACUGAAACUCAUAGCCAAACUUUGGGCAGAGUGCAGGGAAUCUCAUGAAAGAAGGGGUGAUAGAAAAACCUGGAGGGAACAGGAGCUCCACAAGGAGAACAACAGAACCAAAAUGUCUGGGCCCAGCGGUCUUUUCUGAGACUGAUAUUCCAACCAAGGACCAUUCAUGGAGAUAACCUAGAACCCCUGCACAGAUAUAGCCCACGGUAGCUCAGUGUCCAAGUGUGUAUCCUAGUAAGGGGAACAGGGACUGUCUGACAUCAACUCUGGCUGGCUCUUUGAUCACUUCCCCCGAGGCGGGGCAGCCUUUCCAGGCCACAGAGGAAGACAAUGUAGACAGUCCUGUUGAGACCUGAUAGGCUAGGGUCAGAUGGAAGGGGAGGAGGACUAAGGGAGGGGCAUGGGAGAAGAGGGAGGGAGGGCAGGAUUGGGAAGACAAAGGAGGAGGCUAUACCUGGGAUACAAAGUGAAUAAAUUUAAAAAGUAAAAGUAUUGUGAGUCAGGCAAAAAAGAAAAAAAAGUAAGAGAAAGAGAUUUUAUAUCUGAAUUCUAUAUAGCUGAGUGGCAGAGCUGUUAACUACCAUCAGCAGGCUUAAAAAUCGCUGAGUAUGGUCCCUUUUGUAAUCAGCCUGUAAAACGAGGAGCACAAACUGUACAAGUCUGAUUAGUAGUUGCUUUGGCCGUUGCGUUCCUCACCCUUUAGAGUGGCCUUUUUGCCUUGUAAUAAACUGCUUGUCUUCACUGCU